CACAUUGUACAACUUAAUUAUCUCGAUUCUCGACCGACUUGAUUAUUGGACUAGUUCAAUCCAUUCAUCAUCCAUACCUGAGCCUCGAGGCCGCAUCCGAAUAGAUAACACACACCUCGUUCUCACCCACCUAUCCACCUAUCCAUUCCAUCUCUUAAUACUGCCAGUCAUAUCACCACCAUCACCAUCUUCGAAGAGAGAACGAGCGAUGGCACCCGCCCCCGCGCCCCCGGUGCACCGCACAUCGAGCACGAGCAACACCUCCUUCGGCGGCAAACGUCCAGAAGACGAGGAGUUGAAGCCGUAUGUCAUUGUAGGCGAUCUCGGGAAAGGUAGUUUCGCGACCGUAUACAAGGGAUACCAUCAGGAAACGAGAAGGGAAGUGGCGAUCAAGACUGUUAGCCGGAGUGGCUUGUCGAGCAAGCUGUUCGAGAACUUGCAAUCCGAGAUCGACAUCCUGAAAUCCCUCCAACAUCGACAUAUCACCCGUCUCAUCGACGUCUUCCGCGCCGAACGCAACAUCUAUCUCAUCAUGGAAUACUGCGCCGGCGGCGAUCUCACCAACUACAUCAAGAAGCGGGGCCGUGUAGAAGGGCUCGAGUACAUUCCUCACCCUGGAGCGCCGCCACAGUAUUUCCCGCAGCCGAGGACGGGAGGGUUGACGGAGAUUGUGGUGAGGAGUUUUUUGAGGCAGUUGGCGAGGGCGUUGAAGUUCCUUCGACAACGGAAUCUUAUUCAUCGAGAUAUCAAGCCGCAGAACCUCCUCCUGAAACCGCCCGCCGAAGACGACCUCGCGCGCGGCCACCCGCUCGGCAUCCCCAUCCUCAAGAUCGCCGAUUUCGGCUUCGCGAGGCUAUUGCCUGAACAGAUGAUGGCGGAGACGUUGUGUGGGUCUCCCCUCUACAUGGCCCCCGAAAUCCUCUCCUACCAGAAAUACGACGCCAAAGCCGAUCUCUGGUCCGUCGGCGCAGUUCUCUACGAGAUGAGCGUCGGGAAGCCUCCGUUCCGCGCACAGAACCAUAUAGAGCUGUUGAAGAAGAUCGAUCAUAGUAGGGGGAUUAAGUUUCCGGAUGAGGAUCCGAGGAAUCAGCAGCCUCCUUCUCUUGCUCCUCCUGCUCCGUCCUCUGCUACCACCACUACUACGCCGGGUGCAAAUGUAAAUGGGAAUGGGACUGGGAAUACGAACGGAGAGACACAAGCAGUCCAAGUAGUCCCAGACGACGUGAAGAAGCUUAUUCGAGUCCUGCUGAAACGAAACCCGGUCGAACGCGCGAGUUUCGACGAGUUCUUCAAGUCGCAUGCGUUGGCGAAUUCGAAAUUUCCGAGGCCGGGCAAGGAGCCGUCUCACUCGCACGGUCAUGGACAGGGACAGGGACGUGGUGAGAGGACGGUUUCUAUGUCUGGGGGGAGGCCGGGGUAUGGGGGUGGUCAGGCGCAGAGGAGGUUAUCGUAUUAUGAUCGGGAGAUGGACGUCGAACCUCGAAGUCGAGGGGCAGACGCAGAGCAGGAGGGGAAUGAGCGAGAGGGCGAAGGGGAAGGAGAGGAAGGGAUGGGAGAGGAUGUGCGGAUACCGCCGGAGGUGUUAGAUGCGAAUGCGAUGAUUCCGCCGAGUCGGUUUAAGUUUCGGAGGAGGGAGAGCGCUGCUGGUGCUGCUGCUGGGUCUCCUGGGGGUGGUGUUGGGAUUGGUAAUGGGGUUGGUAAUGAGAGGGGGACGGGUGGAGGGACGGGUGGAGGGGUGAAUGGGAGGGGGAGUCCGGGGGUGGAGGGAGGUGUUGGGACGACACCGCCAAACGACCCCACCCCCCUAAAUCUCGCACGAAAGUCAUCCCCGACAUCAAAUCCAAAUCCCGGUCAUGGUCACGACCCAAACCCAAAGAAACCACCACGAGCACUAGAGGCCGAAGCUUCGUUGAUUCCAGGCGAGACGGAGGAAGAUGGACUGUUGAGGAGGGAGUAUGUGCUCGUGGGGGAUGUGAGGGCGGUGGAGUUUAAUCGGGCUGUCGAUGAGAUCAACUCGCGGAGACGGCCGCUCCUCGACGUUCGUGCCCAACCCACCCCACUCCGCCAAACCCCAUCCCGACAAACACCAACAACGACGGACUACUUCACCACCACCACCUCAUCCUCCCCUCCUCUCUCCUCCUCGCCCACAACAUACACAUACGCACAACAAGCCCAAAUCCAAGCCCAAACGCCCUACACACCUUACCCCCUUUCCUCCACCCCCUCCACCGCCAAUCCCUCCCACACCCCAACAACAAACACAAACGCAAACGCAACAUUCCCACCACCCCCAAACCUCCACGCCAUCCCGCCCCCCUCCAUGACCCCCGGUCUCUCCGCAUCACCCGGAGGAGGAGCAGGGGGCGCGAAUACGGUCUCGAGGGCGACGACGAACGCGUUGGCGAGGGCGUUGAGUUUGGCGAGUAAGAAGCUUUUUGGGCAGGCGGUGAGGCCGGCUUCGAGUGUUGCGGUGCCGCAUUUUAGUCAUCGAGAUUAUGCAUCGCCUGGUACGACUACCAUGGAAAGGGAGGGUGGGGAUGCUGUUGGGGAUGCUGGGGUGGUGUCGAGUAGGAGACCGAUUAUUGUGUCGAGGGGGACGGGGAAUUAUCCCACCGGUGAUGAUGUCUCAGGCGAUGGAGACGGAGAUGGGGGCCGGAAGGUCGGGAACGGUGAGAAUGGCGAGGGUGGGGGUGGGGGUGGGGGAGUGGAUCCGAUGGAGGACGAAUUGUUGGAGCGGUUGGAGCAGUUGGCGCAGAAGACGGAUGUGAUCACGCGGUGGGCGGACGAGAUGUAUGAGUAUGUGAAGGCGAUACCGCAGAAGCCCCUCCCCGACCCCGCCAAAUUCACGCCCCGCGAAGGCGAGCCGACCAAGACCGCGAUCAAACGGCGGCACGCCGAUUUCCAGGCGGAAUACAACGCGGUGACCUGCGUCGCCGUGUACAUGCUCGUCAUGUCGUUCUCGCAGAAGGGGAUCGAGGAGCUGAGCCGGUAUCAGCAGCAUUGUGUGAUGCGGGAGCCGGAUGAGGAUUUUGAGGCGAGUGAGGGGUUUGAUGAAGCGCUGACGUGGUUCAUGGAGCAUUUCGAGAAGUGCAGCGAGCGGGCGGUCAUGGUCAAGACGUGGUUACCCGCACAAUACACCGGGCCGAGCACCUAUGUCGACGAGCUCGUGUACAAUCGUGCUCUCACACUCAGCCGAACAGCGGCGAAGAAGGAACUCUUGGACCAGCACGCCACGCCCGAUGAAUGCGAGAUGUUGUACGUCGAGUCGUUGUGGUGCUUGUAUGCGCUGCAGGACGAUCUGCUGCAGAAGGAUAAUCCAUUCAUGGAGGAGGAUCGGGAGACGAUAUCGACUUGGAUCAAGCGGACGAAGCUCCGCCUCAUUAGAUGUCGUGCGCGUAAGACGAUGAACAAUCGGGAUCGGUUGAAGGACGCAAGGGCGGACAAGAACCUGGAUGAUGUGCCACGGAUACCGGCGCCUUGGGAUGCGGAGGCGCUGUUAGAGUUCCAGAAGAAAGCUGCUGCGGGCGAGGGUUCGCCGACGAAGCAGUCAUGAUUGGGGCGCUGGCGUUCGCUGUAGUGUGCGUGGGGGACGUGAAGUGGGGACGGCAGCGUUGGCUGCGUGGUGAGAGUGUGACCUUUCUCGUCUGGGAUCUUGUGGUUUCUUCUCGGCUGUUUAUUUUUCCUUUUUUCUUGCAUCAAUCACGUCGCUCUCCAGGUUAGGUUUUGUACUUUUCUUUGUAUCUUUAACAGCCCCUAUAUCUCCUCCCCUCCCCUCUCCUCUUGUCUUGAUAUAGUUUCCCUGAUCAUCAUGUUUUGACUCGGCUGUAAUCAUAUCUAUAAUGGUCCUCCUAGGCGCUAGGGGGACUUGGGACUACUCUUUCUACGGUACUUCUUUCUCACCUUUCCAUUUACGUCGCCACCUCAUGUCCAUUAUUCCCGUUCUUCAUACUGCAUUAUGUGAUCUUUUUUAUUCUGCCUGUCCAUCUGAUUCUGUGUACGAUUGUUGCCCUCCAAGUUGCCCGAUCGGAGUUCUUACUUCAUUGCUUUUCCCUGCCCUCUCACCC